AUGCCCGAGAUUUGGGAACAUGAACCCGACUUGCGGCUCGGAGGAGAGUUAAACCCCUUCGUGGUUGACGACCAAGAUGACGUCGUCCAGAUACAUGACGAGGAAGAGGUGGAGGAGGAGGUCGCCGAGGUUAUCGACAUUACAGAUGAUCUCGAGCCUUUUGAGCGCGGCCAAGGUCCCGAAUCGAGGCCUGGCGAGAAAUCUCUACCCUCUUUCCUGCUACGCGACCAGGGAUUCCACGUUCGACCGGGAAUCACCGUUGAACUCAGAGAACCGGCACCUAUCGGCAAAUAUACCGUCAAUUUCCUUCGCAUUACAUCCAUCGCACGACAACAUUACACGGAUAACGUGACUAUCAGAGGUCACGGAUUCACAAGGGCAAAGAAUAUGAAUGGGAUGCUGGCAAAACAGCUUAAUGAAUGCUGUCUCAUAGCGUUGGUUGACACCCACGACCCUCGGCCUUGGAAAGAACAGGCAAUCAUCGAUAUUAAGCCCGAGAAUGUACUGGCAGGAAGGAACUUUCGUAUAACGAACGCGCCGUUUCCCCAGUAUGCGGAUCACUCGGCCGGGAUUGCUAGCAAGCGACAGCAAGUCAAGGACAUGGGCCUUCUCGUAUCCCGCUACAGCUACAUCGAGUACCAUCAAACCGACGAACGCAAGUCCCGAGAAUGGACCUUCCUUAGAGCUGGAGAAGACGAAGCGGAUGAAAACUUCCGAGUAUCCGCCGAGAUACUGGUGAAUGGCUGGCGGGAUGGAAAGAUCCGAGGAGGCUCUCAUGUACCUGUUGAACAACCUCAAGGGCUAGGACACGAACGGAGACAUGGGCCGAUAUAUACCCACGAUCUUGACGACCCAACUUAUCCAGCUUCCCCCAAGACACCACUUGGGCCGGCGCAUAUCUCACACGAGCAAAAGUACACUGCUGGGGAUACUUUUGCUGGUGCGGGCGGGGCCUUCUGCGGUAUCUCAGAUGCCGGUCUCCAUCUGGAGUUUUGCGUUGACAACUGGGAACAUGCAGUGGCGUCUUUGAAGGCCAAUUUCCAAGGAGAUGGCACCACGAUCUACGACAUGGACAUGCAUGAUUUGAUCAUCAACAAAGACAUUCGUCGCCGUGUCGACAUACUCCACCUAUCGCCGCCCUGUCAAGUAUGGUCGCCUGCGCAUACAAGGCCUGGCCAGAAUGAUGAAAAGAACCUCGCCAUUCUUUUCUCCUGCACCCAUCUUAUUGAGAAGAUUCGUCCCCGGCUGUUUACGGUCGAGCAAACAUUUGGUAUCUUACACCAAAGGUUUGAGAAUUUCUUUCAAAGCUUCGUCCGUGGUUUUACGGACCACGGCUAUUUAGUUAGAUGGAAGGCCGUCAAUUUCUCGCAAUACGGCCUCCCUCAACCUCGCCGGAGGUUAAUUAUGAUCGGUGCUGGCCCGGGAGAGAGGCUACCACCGUUCCCUCCGUCAACCCACAGCCCUGGCAUUGGAAGAAGCCAAAGGAACGGAGGACUUAAGCCUUUAACUACCGCACGACAGGCACUCUCGGUGCUCGAUGGAAGGAGACGGCACCCCCUCCAUCAACCGUAUCUUCAACCAUUCCAAAACCCCAGAGCCCCUUGGGAUGGGGACAAACCCCUACCCUUUACAGUCACUUGCAGAGCUGCCGAGAAUUACCACUGGUCUGGCCUGCGCCAGUUUACUCCCAGGGAGUAUGCCCUUCUCCAGGGCUUCCCACUACACCACAAUUUUGCAGGCAACUACGUGAAGAAGCAGAUCGGGAAUGCCUUCCCUCCCGUAUUCGUCAAGAUGCUCUAUAAGCACCUUGUCAAUUGGCUCGAUAGCCAAGACAACGUGGUCCGAGUUCACUAUGCACGUGUCGAAGACGGCGCCGUCCCCUUCCGAGCGCCAACGGCCCAGAGGCACAUCAACAUUGAGCCAAAGGAAGAUCAGGAGAUCACAUUCUUGAGCAUUCACAAACGGCAGAGGGCGUUGUAUGAUUCCGUUGAGUUGAUUGAUGAUGACGACGGCAGGUCCGACUCCGCAACCCUACGUAAGCCCUCUGUGGAUUCAGCUCAGGCUCGGGCUCGGGGUUCAUCAUCAUCAUCAUCAUCAUCAUCAUCAUCAUCAUCACCAUCAUCCCUUUCAACGCCCUUCCCGGCAUCAGCAGACUCAAACUCGGCUCGCAACCCGCCUUCUUCCCAACGCCCAGCCUUUUCGCACCACCACCACCAUACACCUGGUGGUGACCGGUUUUUCAUGUCUUCCCCUAGGCCCCCACACCCAUUACCUUCUUCACCCCUGAGCCCAAGUCCUACUCAUACAUUACCCGCUUCUUCUUCUUCUUCUUCGUCUUCUUCUUCUUCAAAAAGCAACAGCAUGCAAGGAGAAAAAAGUGUCUGGCGAAAGCUGUUUUUUAUAGUCCCACCACCCAGACCAGAACCAUUUAGUUCUCCAAGCUCCACCAGCUCAACAAGUUCCAGUGGCACUACAAGUUCAAGCUCAUCAUCAUCAUCCGGCGCUUCGAAGUCUCCCAGGAAUACUACUGCUGCGGCUGCGGCCGUAAAGAAGGAGAAUCAAAACAUACCUCUACAUGUAAAGGGCACCAAGGAAGAGCCAAUGGAGCUCUCGGAUUGA